AUGAAUCACGGUGGUGAUUUUCAGAAUAGCCCUACACAUCUGCAAGGUAGUAUACUCCAAAGCGGUUCUCCCAUAGAUUCAAUCCCUCAUGAAUCUAAUCCACCACAAGAUCCAUUUGCUCUUAUUGAUUUGGCUGCCCCGGAUCCACCUCAAAACGUUUCUUAUGCUCAAAAGCCAGGGGAUCCUUCUCUCAGUUCGAAGUCUUUUGCCGAAGAUCUUGUUGGACUUCAACCGUCGUCUGUGGAUUUGUCUAAAUCAGCUACCAAUAAAAGGAAUUCGGCAGAACCUGUUUCACUUCUGCCUUCGCAAACGCGUAGUUUAGGACGCAAUAAACGCGGUGGAAAUCGCUUUGACGAGUUUUCUCAUAAUCGCUGUUCUACUCCGGAAAGUAUUGUUUCGGAAAUACAAAGAGCUCAAGCCAUGGUUGAUCCUCUUCCAGUGGAUCCCUACACACAGUGGUAUCAACUGAUGCAGAACUAUUAUAGACAAUUCUACCCCGGUUGUGAGUUUGGAAAUCCUCCUGGACGUUCUCAUGUCCAGCGAUCCCAACGUCAUGUUCCUAUAAGUGCUGUCACCUUGACUCAAACCCCGGGACAGGCCGUUAAGCAACAGCAAGUUCAACAGCACUUUCAACCCCCUUUUAAUUUUCCCGGGUGGCCUCAGAUGCCAAUUCAGGGUCGUUUAGGUUUACCGGGGGGUCAAAUAACAAACCCCUCUCAAAUGCAAAUGCCAGGCUUCGGUCAGGCGUCUGAUUAUCCGGCCUAUUAUUAUCAAUACUACCUGGGGGCCUUGGCAGCCGCUAACGGUUUCCCCUUUCCUACUGGUAGAACUACUCCAAAAGUCCUGCCAAAUCGACCUAAAGAUGGUGAGCCUGGACGAGUGGAGCUCCUUGACAUUAGUCAGUUGGCUUCCAACGUUGUUGCCGAAAUUACAAAUCGCCUUUCUGCUGUUUCCAUGACAUCUCGUGGCAACAAAACCGCUGCUCAUCACCAGCAACACUUUUCCAGCUCCUACAUUAACACAAAUGAAGACGAUUUGGAUUCUCGGAUUGGUGAAGAUGAAUUGGCUGAGGAAGAAGAGGAGGAGGAAUAUAUUGGACUAGUGAAUGCUUGGGACCGAACUGAUCAUGUUCUCUAUCCCGGUCCUCUCUGUCUUGGCGCUACACUCAAACAUGAUGUUCAGGCCUUCCUGAGAGGCAAGGUGGAAGACAUCCAAGAUCGUAUGCCUAUUGAUUGGGACUCCGCUAGUCUAUUACUCUCGUAUUUGGAACUUCUCAUUAAGAAUAAUGGGGUUGUUCAUCCAGGAGAUGUGGUAAACCUCUUAAUGGGUAGUGAUAGCUCUCGUUUCGUCUAUGACUAUCCUCCAUCAAACAACAUUUCUUCUGUAUCUCCUUUUCCUACUCUUGCUAACCGUGUCACUCGUCAAAGUUCCUUCAAUGUAACUCCAAUCACAGCAAUGGGCGGAGGCAGUGGUGGUCUUUACCUGGACUCGAACUCAGGUCGUGAGUCACCUCGAGUCGCACUAACUCAUUCAGCUUCCAUGCGUGCGUUCCAGCAGCAGCCUGAAAGUGGUAGAGCAAGUGUUGCCGGGUCAUCUACGGGCGGAAUGUCUAUCUCGAGAAUGAUGCGAAAAGGUUUACUGGCGGAAUAUGGAAACGCCCAAGAAAGAGACGCUGCUGCUUUGCAGCGAUUUAGGGAGUUGCUCAUGCACGGCCACCCAUUGAAAGCUCUGGACCAAGCCUGUCAGACUCAGCUCUGGGGUCAUGCUUUUGCCUUGGCUAUGCGUCUGGGUUCUGGACCUCUUGAUCGGGUAAUGGAGAAGUUCCUCUCUCGGGCUGUCAAUCCCUCUGACCCUCUCCUCACCCUCUACCAGCUCACUGCUGGAGAAAUCCCACGAUCUGUUGAUCAACUCGCGUAUACUGGUGGCACGGACACAGGAGACUGGAGGCCCCAUUUGGCCAUGCUACUCUCUGCUCCUGAAGGCCACGGUGAUUUGGCUCGAGAUUCUCUUGAAAGAAUGGGUGAAUCUCUCUUAGCACGCCGACUUCUUUUCGCAGCUCAUCUCUGUUUCCUUCUUGCCGCUAACUAUUCCAAUCAAGGCACGACCGCCACUCCGCACUUGCCUCCACGAAUCUGGCUCUUAGGCAUCUCUGCCCCGUCUAAUUCUUCUGAAGAAUGCUCUGGUCGAUUUGUCAUUACAAGUGAAGUUGAACGGGCCCCCACGGAGGCAAUUCAACUCACAGAGAUCUAUGAAUUCGCUCUCGCUUUGGCCACUAGGGAUAAACACUUCUUUUUACCCAACUUCCUUCCCUUCAAAUUUGCAUACUGUCUGCGUUUGGUCGAUGCUGGCUUAAUUGAAAAGGCCUUUCGUUACCUGGAGAUGCUAAGUGACUCAGUUUCCAAUCUUGUACAGGAACUCGAGGAGUCCGAUAUGUCACCAAUCGAUUUGAGGGCUCUUUACUUAAUUGCCUCUCAGUGUCUACGGCUGUCUGAACGUCUGCAACAUCAUCCAGAGGUUGGUAGCUUUGAAAUGGAAGGGGUUAGUCGUUGCCAUGUUCUCCGUGAAAGUUCCGCUCCACCUUGCCCGCAAUGGAUAGAAAGACUGAGAGGCGUUUGUCAACGCAUCUCGUCUCUGCUGGGUUUGCCGAAUUCCGAUCGACCAUAUGUAGAUCCACUUCGUGUUUCACCUUCUGAAGAGCCGUCAGAUCAGGAUCCACCACAAGAUCAAAGGCCAACCCAGCAACAACAACAACAACAGCAAGUACCUCAAAUUCGAAAAACUGUUUUUCCAACAGUCCAACAACACCAGCAAUCCCAUCUUCAACACCAACGAAAUCUGCCGGCGCAACCAAAUCAACCUCCACAACAGCAGCAGAUUAUUCAUCAAUCUCCUCAUGCUCAUCAGGUUCAACAACAACCAAAGAAGAUUGCUACAUUAGAAAACACACAUCUGCCUCGACAGCAAUGUCAACCAGCAGUCCAUGACGAUGCGCCUUCUCCGCCGCAAACCUCUUCAUCCACCUCCCCUCAAGAGCAACAGCAGAUACGGAUGCCACUUGAAGUUCCGAAUGCCCCACCAUCACCCCAGCAACCUCAGCAAAAUCAAUUGCUGGGUCAGUCUCUUGCUCCUAUUCCACCUUCUAGUACCCCCACUGUAAGAAUGGAAAAUUCCCAGGUGCCUCUAAGGUCACCAGUGACUGCUGCUAACAAUAAUCUUCCAUUCUUUGUGCCAACUUUUAAUCCAUCUUCUGAACCUAUAGUGGAACCUGUUACUAAUUCUGAAACAUCGGCUUCGGGAUAUGAUUACUUUGCUGGGUUGGCUCGUCCUCCUCAGCCCAUCUCCCGUUCCCGUACUGUAUCAAUGACAAGUUCUCAGGACGAUUCAACGCCUCAUCUCUCCAGUCCUUCGCCAACUGAUCCUUCCUCGACAAGCCCAGUUCCCCAUCAGGUGCCCCAAGUGCCCGAUCAAAUUUCACGUAGAUCAUCGGGAAUUGUGCAGCAACCACCAACCAAUAGUAGCGGAUAUCUCAAGUUCAAUCAGGAGCAGUGUGGUCGACCAAAGGCCUACAAACGACCUCACAACCGCAUCAUUUUCCAAGGUGGUAAUUAUGACAAUAACAGUAGCGAUGGCGAGCGAAUUCCCACUCCUCGACUUUCUUUUGAGUUUAGUCAGAAGUCCUUGCUAAGAGAUAAUCGUAUUCGCAAUGUACAGAAGGAUACGAAAAUCAAUCAUGCGCCUCCCUUCACAACCGCGCCUCCCCAUCCUCCGGUUUCCAGUGACAACGAUUGCAAAUCCAAUGGACAAACACAGCAACCUCAACAGCAAUCCCCAUCUGAAAUACAGGAGGAGGAGAAAAAGGGAGACGAUAGUGGUGGCCAAUCUGGGAAGUCUGGCUGGUUAUCUGGUCUCCUUGGUCGAAUCAAGGGUGGACAAGAGGUCUACUUACCCGAUGACUCUAACCCAACGAUUGUUUGGGAUGAGGCGACAGGACGCUGGCGUGACAAACUUGGAGGUGAUCAAGAGGAUGACACACCGCCUCCUCCUCCACAGAUGCCCACCGUCCCUUCAAUGUCUCAAAACAGCACUCCCGUUGGUCACCCUGGUGUCCAGCCGCCACUUCGCACCCUUGCAACUGGUGGUGGUGGUAGUAGUAUUAGUAGUGGUGGCGCUAUCUCACGUUCACGAUAUGUCAAUGUUUUGGGUAAACAAGGAGUGUCCAGUGGACCGAAGGCUGUCCAACUCACACCUCCUCUCCCUACCACUUUCCUUCCGCCAUCUUGA